CCGGUAACUGCUAAAUAUUAGUUUUAUUGGUGUGUAAUGUUUUGAAAAAAAAUUAUAUCCAUUUAUUGUAGUAAAGAUCAUUAAAUCUCAAAUACAUAUUUUUUUCAGUUUCAGUAAAGUAGGACACCCUCUCUCCUGCUCUAAUUGGUACAGUCCAAUAAGACAAAUUAAGCACAGAUGGGGGAGAGGUUGCAAAGUCAAAAAAGCUAUGUGAUGCUCUUUUUGGAUUGUAAAGCUAUAUUCAGCAAGUCGUGGAAGCUAGAGGCCCAUCUUUGCAAACACACAGGAUUGAAACCGUUCUCCUGUGAUAACUGUGACAAGAGCUUUUGCACUCGUCAUCAACUCACCAGACAUGCGCUCAAUCACAGUGGGGAAAAAACGCACAUAUGUCUGGCUGACGGCUGCUCCAAGGAUUUUGUGUCAAAUGGCAGCAUGAAGAACCACAUGGCUCAAGUACACCAGCACCAGGAGAAGCAAUAUGAAUGCGACCAUCAGGGCUGUUCACGUUAUUUCAACAAGAGGAACCAACUGAAAGCUCAUAAGUGUGAGCACCAAGAGCUUCUGGCAUUUCAUUGUACCGUUGAUGGCUGCACAAGAGGAUUUCCCUCUCAUGGAAAACUAAAGCAUCAUGAGAAAAUGCAUGACGGCUACCCUUGUGAGAAGGAAGCCUGUCCUUUCCACGGAAAAACUUGGACAGAAUAUCUGAAGCACAGAAAAGAACAUAAAGUCAAGGUGCCGUGCGGCGAGUGCACGAAGCUGUUCAACAAUGCGUGGUUCUUGCACCAGCAUAAGCAGCGUGUCCACUCUGGGGAUCGGAGGAAGCUGUUGUGCCCAAAGCUAGGUUGUGAUAAAAAGUUCACUCGUCGCUUCAACUUGGAGAACCAUGUCCUGGGAGACCAUGAGGGCAAGAAGCCCUUUAGUUGUGCACAUGCUUGCUGUGGGAAAAGCUUCGCCAUGAAGGAGAGCCUGUGGCGACAUGGUGUGGUGCAUGACCCAGCAAAGAAAAAACUGAAGAAACUGCAUCCUAAAAAGAAUCUUCCCUGGCGCGUGGCACUGAAAGUCCGACUGGCAGCUGCAACCAAUCGAGCAGAGACCAACACGCUUGCUGAAAAGCUGAAAAGCUGCUCGAUACAACUUUAAAGGAUGACAAAUCUCGAGGCUGCAUAUGAAUAUCUACUUGGA